UUCACCUCACCGCAACGCGUUUUCACACAAUGCUGCGCUCAUGGUGCUUGUUCUUCGAGACGACGCGUCAAUCUACCGACAAAACUGUACCCUGAGGAUAACCACCAAACACACUGCCUCAAGCCGUAGCGCAAGAUGAAGACCAGCAAAUUCGCCCCAAAAACGCCUCUAGAGCAGCUCACUCAGUCCAGAGCCGAGAAGCUGAACCAAGACAAGAAUAGGGCUACGCGCCUACUGGGACGCUUGCGAUGGAAAGCCGAGCUGCUUAUGGUUUCGUACUUCAAAGUGAUGGAGAUGUUGCAGGCUGUUGACCAGCAGAAUGGGCAUUAUGAGUCGCACAAGACUUUGGCAAGACAAGCAGAAUCCAUGUUCAAGAUUGACUUCUUCGAGUUCUACACCCUUCUAGAACGAUACAUCACCGCCUGCCUCACUAUUCUUGGCGUCAGUGUAUCCGCGUCUGCACCUCGAGAGAACUUCAACGCCCUUCGAUACAUUACGAACCCGGAUCUGCAGCGCACGCGCCCGUUGGCUUCACACGCUUUCCACGCAAAUCUCUUGGAAGCACUCGACGACGAAAACUGCCCUCUACACAGCUCGCUCGGCGUACAAGAUGUUCGCAUACAAUUGGGCUUGGCGAAGGACUACCGCAAUGCAUGGAAGGAUGCAGAUGAGAAGGAAGGAACGGACAGCUGGAAUGCCGACAGAGAGAGCUCUUCCAAGAACGUCAAGUUGCCUGAGCUUGGGCUUGAAGCAAUGCUAAGGAUCCUCAUCAUUGGCUGCGGGCACGCAAACGAUGUCGUGCAAGCUUAUGCAGUCGCUGACGUGAACGGCAGCAGCCUGUCCAGUCAAGACUUUGAGCAUCCGACUUACGCCUACGACAGCAUGGUUACGGGUGAUAUACCACUCGAGUACAUGGACGAUGCAAUGGAGCUCGACUGAGCAGGACCCAACAUGCGCACCUAUUGAUGUACACAGACCCUAUCCCAGCGCUUCGUCGCUGCGAGAUUGUCUGAUGCUCACACUUCCCCAACCUCGACUAACACGACAAUGCGUACAAGCGAACGUCACUGAUACUCCC